GAAAUACCAUUCAGUUAUAAUGAAGCAUUCAUUCACAAGGUUUCAAUUUUGUUUGCAUUUGGCAUGUUACGAGGCUGACUGAACAGCCUCAGAGCAACAGCCAGAAACACAAAGUAUAUAUCAAUGUGGAGAGAGGGACGGGAAGAAAGUAACAGUUGGAAAUUUGAUUCAUAAAUGAUCUUGUCUUACACAUCCCCACAGCCCAUAUAAUUCUGCAAAUGCGUGCCCUUGUUUGUGUUCUGUUCCAGAGACAAUAUUCCUGCAAUGCAUUAAUACGUGCAUCAGCACCUCCAGUGUUGUUUCCAAACUAAUAUUAGGAAGUAAUAAAACAGUAGCUCAGACAUCAUCUCACGAAACCCUAUUCAGAACAGAUUUAGUGGUCACAAUGCAGAGAUCUGCCACGGAACGACUAUUUAAGCACUCCCUCCAGUGUACUGCUUCCACGGAAGAACUUUCCAUACACAGGAAAAUGUAUGACAGAUAGGAAGACUAUAGGCAGAUGCUGGCUUCUUAACUUCUCUAUCAUCUCAUUUUAUAUGCAGGGAUAAAGGAGGAUUCUUUUUAGCAUAGGCAAUGAUGAAAAUACAGCUUUUUUCUUUUUCCACUUGGUACUUUCGUGCUACUGGAAAGAUAAGGUUCCAUUUUUAAGAACUUAAUUCUGGCCCAGAUGUAUUACCUUCCUUAUCACAAAGGAUCUGAUGUUUUAAAUUGCUAUUUAACAUUGCCGUGGACUAGAUAAAAGCAUGAUAGCCUCCAUGCUUCUACAUCAGACUGUCUCUUUAAUUAAAAAUCCACAUACCACUAUAAUCACUAGCCUUUCUCCGCAGGACUGAUUUCCUGACACCUUCUUCCUGUUCUACUCUCCUGCAGUCAGGGAUCUUACCCCCCAGUUUCAUAUUAAUUGCACAUUCAGCAGCAAAGUUGCACUGUGCAUAUGACGAGGUAAACUGUCAUGCUACAUUCCACUGAAAUGCUACUCCAUCUCAGCCAUUCCAUCAGCCCUAUAAAAACUGAUAGUCUGGAACUGGUCAGAUACCAUAAUUUCUCACCUGAAUGGAUGGUGUUAUGACUGUUUUGGAAAUAGGUACUGGGUGAGGACAGAAGCAUGAAGGUAACCUCUUCUUUCUACUCUUUUAUUGGCCUUUUCUCCUCUCUCCCUUUGGGAAAACUGCUGAAUGCACUGUGACCCAUAGCCAGACAGAGCCAGAGUUUGUAGCAAGCACUGCAACUAAAGAACCAGCGAAAAAUACUACAAUAUUUUCCAAGGUCUUUUGGUUGCUUUUAUUUGAUUCUCAAAAUAUUAUAUUUAAAUUAAACAAAAAUAUCCCAAUGCAUUCUCUUCUCAGUUAUUUUAACAUCAGAUACGUGCCAGACAGAAAAAACUGAAUUUUAAAGAAAAUCUCUUAGUGAUUACUAACCAAACUAACAUAGUUUUCAAACACAGUGUUGCCACACUCAUGAAGUUCUUCACAGAACAAAGGCAGAUUCAAAGAAAGUUAAGCAAUUGCAAAUUGGAAACUAAAGAGAAAAAUCUAAGACAACAAACAAGUACAUUCAAGAAACAGCAGCUUCUCUUUUCUUUUGCCACUAUUAGAAUGUAUACCAGAACCUUUUCCAUCUCACUGUUUGCUAUAGCAACAUUUAUAUAAUGUAUUUACAUUUAAAAGUCAGUGAAGAAUCAGGAAAGCAUAGGAAGGUAUGAAUAUUAUGGAGCACUUAAACAGAUAUGUUACUUCUGCAUCCCUGUUCUACCAUAGCCUUAUGUGAAUCAGAAUAACCAAUAAAACACCUUAUUUUUAAGCUUUAGUCUGCAAACCACAACUAGCUUAAGUAGAAUCAUCCAUAUUUUUAUAUCCCUCCACCUUAUCCUAUUGAUAAACCAGUAUGUGAGUAUGGUAUAAAGAAAAACAACUGGUGUCUUAAGCCUUAACAGCUUACAAAACAGCUCUCGUUUUAUACAAAUAGUUUCCCAAAUAGAAUCUAUCAUAGACUAGGGUUACAGGUGUGCAGCUGUGUUGCUGACUAAACCAGAGGACUGAGUAGAUUAUAAAAACUUUUCUGUCCUUUCUUUUAAAGCUCUGUUCUUCCUUCUUCCCUUUGGUGGGGAGGCACUAAGUUCUGACUUUCCUAAAACUGAGGUUAGAUGUGUAAUGAAGAUCUUGGAACAAGUGGAUGUAUGUUCUUGCUGAAGAUGUCUCUUCCAAGCCAGCGUCAUUGUCUUAUUACUAAUCCUCCUCCACCAGAAUACAUAAACAGCAAAAAUAGUGGGUGUCAAACAAACCAACUUCAGUACUUACAGAGAGUGGUCAUGAAAGCCAUGUGGCGACACAACUUUUCCUGGCCAUUUCAUCAACCUGUAGAUGCAGCAGCACUGAAUCUUCCUGAUUACUACAGUAUUAUAAAGAAACCUAUGGACCUGAGCACAAUUAAAAAGCGUCUGGAACAUAAUUACUACACAAAAGCUGCAGAAUGCAUUGAUGACUUCAAAACCAUGUUCCUGAACUGCUACAUAUAUAACAAGCCAGGUGAUGACAUUGUGUUUAUGGCCCAAGAACUAGAAAAAGUGUUCAUGCAGAAAAUAGCACAAAUGCCAUCAGAAGAAAUACUGAUGCCCAACAAAGGAAAAAGAAAAGAAAAGCUGACAGAAGAACCUCAGCAGCCAAACAGUGGGACUUCAUCUAAACAGAGAACAAGGCAGAAACAACAUGAAAGUGGUGAGCAGCCUACAGAUAUAACUCAAGAGCUACAGAAGGCCACACCACCUCCUUUGUCUGCAGCUCAGCUGACUACUUUAAUGCCAGCUGCCAUCCCUAUCACAAAAACAAAAAAAGGUGUGAAAAGGAAGGCCGACACUACAACUCCUACUACUUCAAUACUCACAACAAGCAGUGAAUCUUCUGCAACAUGUAAUGAAAGAAAAACUGUUAAAACAUGCAAAGGUGAAAAUGAAUGUAUGAUACCAAAGAAGAUUCUGAAGAAAGGCUUACCAGAUUCUCAGCAAUCACCUAGAGUUCUUAAAAAGAUUCAGUUGUCAAAACAACUAAAAUAUUGUAAUGAAAUUCUUAAAGAAAUGUUCUCAAAGAAACAUUCAGCAUAUGCACGGCCUUUCUUAAAAUCUGCAGAUGUUGUAUCCUUCUCACUUGGUGAGAAAAAAGGGAUCACCAAAUGUCCUGCAGACUUGGGAACCAUUAAAAAAAAAAUGGAUAAUUUUGAAUAUAGAGAUAUACAAGAAUUUGCCACAGACGUUAGAUUAAUGUUCAUGAAUUGCUACAAACGUAAUUCUCCAGACCAUGAAGUGGUUGCCAUGGCAAAAAAACUUCAGGAUGUUUUUGAGACUCACUUUGCCAAAAUUCCUGAUGAACCAGCUACAAGUGUUCUUCUGCCACAGCAUGCAAGAGAAAUUACAAAAGCUUAUUCCAGUGACAGCAGCAGUGAUGACUCCUCAGAAGAAAAAUCAUCUGAAGACUUUAAAAAGGAGAGAACAGUGUACCUUGCAAAACUUCAGGAGCAGCUUAAAGCUGUUCACCAGCAGUUGCGGGCUUUGACCAGAGCAUCCUUACCUAGAUCAAAAAAGAAAAAAGAGAAGGCUAAGAAAGAAAAGGGGAAGAACAAGGAAAAAGCUAAAGCAAGCCUGAUUCAAAAAAAGAAAGAUCUAAAACACAAGAAAUCUAAGAAAAAGCAGUCUUCAAACAUUCAAUCAAAGAAAACCAUCCAGCAGGUCUUGUUGGCACAUAAGUCAGAAGAUGAUGAUGGUGCCAAGCCUAUGACUUAUGAUGAGAAAAGGCAGUUGAGUUUGAACAUAAAUAAGCUGCCUGGAGAUAAGCUUGGGAAAGUAGUCCAUAUAAUACAAUCAAGAGAACCAUCACUGAGGAAUUCUAGCCCUGAUGAGAUAGAAAUAGACUUUGAAACUUUAAAGGCUUCAACACUCAGAGAAUUAGAGAAAUACGUGGCAACCUGUUUGAGGAAGAGACCAAGAAAGCAGCAUGCCAAAAAAGCAAUGAAGUCAAAACAGCAGCUUCUUUCUGAGAGGAAACAAGAACUGGAGAAGAGACUACUGGAUGUCAAUGGUCAGAUAAAUCCAAAGAAAGAGAACUACAAAUUUGAGAGUAAUGCUGAGUCCAGUAUUAGACCAAGCCGACUGAGUGAAAGCAGCAACACUAGCAGCUCCUCGGACUCGAGCAGCAGCACUAGCAGUGCUUCCAGCUCCUCAGACAGCAGUGACUCUGAAUCGGUUACAGGAACAUGCUCAGAACAGAGUGGAAUGAUGCAAAACUGCCUAACUUCUUUGGAACAACCUAAGAGAACAUCACUGUGCUUACAGAGAAUGCCCUACAAUGCUGUUCUGCAAGUACAGCCCUCAUCUGUUGCUAGUAGCUUGCAAAACCAUGGAUCACCAGAACCACAGCUGUUGUCUCCCAUUGUGCUACAGAAGCUUAAGCCUUUACAGAGUAGAUCUCUUAAAUCAGCAGAACAAAAUGCUAAGUCUCCCUCAGGUAUGCUUGCAGAUGUAUGUGCUUUGCAAGAUACUUCAGUCAAGCAAAUGCCUCAGACUGCUCGAAGGACAGAUCAGCCUUUUGAUAUCCAGUGUACACAGGCUGUUCCAGAGGUAUCCAAUACAACCUUCCCUGCUGAUGAUGCUGAUGGGACUAAAACUGAAAAAACAUUAGUUAAUCUAGAUGAAGUUCAAAGCAAGGCCAGUGAGAGAGCCGCUGAUUCAAUAUCUAUUAGCCAAGAGCAGAGUCAUUGUAAUACACCUAAUGGUACAAAGACUCCAGAGACAAAAUCCCAGAGUUUUCCAGAAAGGGCCGCAGGAAUUAAGAACAUAGACUCCUGGGUAAGCUUGUGCAAAAUGAUGAUGCUUCCAGCUCCAAUAAAGUCAUCUGCAGAGAGCUUCAAGCAUUUCAGGAAAGUAGCCUUACAGAAGGCAGCUGGGCAAGCGCAGGAAAAAGAGAGGGUCCCUAAAGGCACAGGAUUGGAUGCCAUGGUAAUGAAAGACUUUAAGCCCCCAAAAGAAGAGGAUAUGAGCAAACAAUUGCCAGAAGCUCAGCAACACCCUCUUGCUCAGGACCGUAACUUGGCCAGAAAAAUGGAACAAGAACGCAGAAGGAGAGAAGCAAUGGCUUGUACAAUUGAUAUGAAUUUGCAGAGUGAUAUUAUGGCAACUUUUGAAGAAAACCUUGAAUGAAAAUGGUCGUUAAUGUAGAACUUAACUUUGGUACUACUACUGACUAUAUGACUUUGCAAAUAUAAUAGUUAUGAGCUUAAACACUAAAAUCACUUUAAAGAGCAUGCAAGCCCCUGUAAAAUGCUUGAUGUGGAAAGCUUGCUCACUGGCAUCUGAAGCAUCACAUGAUAGUUUUGUUUCUUGCUUAUAACAUAUAUAUGAUCUAGUCUUCUAUGCAGUGGGAUACUGUUGUACUUCUGAUUACAGUUCAUAUUUUGUACUUACAUAUGCAUGAUUUUUUCUAAUCCUUCAAUCCAUUUUUUCAGAAAUGCUUCAGAAUCUGUUAUACAGUCCACAGCCAAAUUCUCUUGGUUUUACUAGUCAGUGCAGUAAAUGCACAACUACAGAAACUACUUCAACUCAAAGUCUUGCCAGCUAAAUGAUUAUUAUUAAGACAGUCAUUUGUUAUCAUAUUUGAACAAAAUCUGGGCUGUGACAAAAGAUUUCAUAACAAUAAUGAUUUCUACAGAGUGUGUAACAUUACUUGUGAUCAGAAAACAGUACUUCCUGGAAUUCUAAUUUCAGUAAUAAAUCUAACUCAUUUGCAAAUCCUAUAUACUUGCAUGCCUUACAGACAAGUCAUCUUCUGUUUAAUGUAUUUUAUGUUAACAUCAGUGUGCAAGCAUGUUUGCCAGAUGAUUCUGAUUUUUCAUGGAAAGAAAUUAUCUAAAAUACUCCUCAUCUGGAUCCAGUUUGAAGGCCUUUCUGUUUAAUGCAAGAUUUUAAUAAUGUUGAAAUACUUAUCUGAAGUAGAAACUAGUCUAAAAGAUCUAUAUUCCUGUUGAUUACAUACAACUUUCUCAAACUAAGUACUGGAUUAAUUAGACAUUUCUUUAUAGAAUUAAUACCAAAAUACAGCAAGCACUAUGGAAAUGUUGGAGGAAGAGUCCCCCUUAGGAUAAUCUGGUUUAGUGAUCCCAAAUUUUUUGGAUCGUGUAGCCAUUAGUAAAAAAAGAGCAUGUACCAGAUAUCCUUAUACAUUUAUGAAUUAUGUACAACCAUACAAAUAUUACAUAUCCUAAAAAACAUACACAAAGAUGGAAAUUAAAGGAUUAAAUAAACGCUAUUCUAAUUUUUUCUUCUUUUGUUUAUUAACAGUACCAAAAAUAAAUUUUCUUCCUGCACCUCA